GGGGUCAGACGCUUCACUGUGGGACGACAAGCAAAGAGAGGAGUGAACAAGGAGAGCGAGAUAGAUUGGUGGGUUUUCUAAAAGAGUGCUUAAAUUAGUUCAUCUCAGGCUUCCUCUUCGUUUCGCUUCAAUCGUUAAGGCACGUUACAGGCCAUGCAAUAGAAAACAAACUCAUGAAAUAGGGCAGAUGCGUCUGGUGUAGCGUGGGGCUGAAACGCCCAAAUAAAGAGGCAGCAAACGUUUGGAAUUACAAUCACUUCCUACCGCUUGGAAAAUCUGAAACUGGCCAUAGAGAAGCCCGUUUCGAUAGGCCACGACCUCACAUCGGGACUUUAACGAAACCAAAAACAAAGUGUGUAUGGAGCAGUGUGAGAAUGCCGCAUCUCUCCUGGCCUCCGUGCGAGAGCAGGAGAUGCAGUUUGAGCGUCUGACUCGAGCUCUGGAGGAGGAGAGGAGGAGCGUGGGGCCCUCCGGCACCCUACCCCGCCCCUUCCCCACCCUGCAGAACGGGCGUGUCACUGGUGAUGCAGAGUUGGAACGCCUCAAAUUAAGUGAGGGAUACAUUAACGGGACACAGUACAGGAUGUUGGACCCUGGUCAUAUUGUUGAGUCGGUCAUGGUAGAGGAAGACCCUCACGAUGGACUGCCAGUUAUUUCAGUCGAAACCAGUGAUGAUGGCACAACACGCCGCACGGAGACUACAGUCAAGAAGGUCACAAAGACCACCACUACACGAACAGUCAUUCCCUCCGUCUCUGACACACUCUCUCUGGAUGGCACUGGUUCAGUCACCGGCAUGAAUUAUAACACCCCGAUAGACCGCCUGUACAGGCCACCAGGUGGUCCCAUGGACUACCCUACUGCUACUGUCCCCCGUAACUACCACUAUGGACCUCCAGGCGGCUAUGACGACUAUCGCAGCGGACCUCCUUCUGAAGUCUACGCCAGCCUCAGCCGAGGGACUCGUAUGGACGAACGCUACAGACCUGUUGAUGGCUACCGCACGCUGGACUCUGCCUACCGCACCCACAGCCGCCCACAACUGGACCCGUAUGUGGCUCAGCCUCAGGUGGGACGUAUGGGCAGUGCUCUGGAGAUCACUGGAGGCCUGCAGCGCUUUGUCCCAGAGCCCUACGGCCUGGAGGAUGAUCAGAGGAGCCUGGGAUACGACGAGCCUGAUUACGGCAUGGGGUCAGCAAUGCACUACAGCACGAUGCCCCGGCUAGCACAUGCACACCAUGCCCCACCCCCACGCAGGACAGGGUCAUAUGAGGGCACACUAGAUGGUGAUAUGAGUGGAGCUGGUGAUAUGUAUUAUUGGGGAGGUGGAGCCCCAUUGGCUCAGGGAGAGAGAGGCAGCAUGGCAUCACUGGACAGCACUCUGCGCAAAGGCCCUGCCCCCUCCACAUGGAGGCAGCCAGAACUUCCUGAAGUAAUUGCAAUGCUCAACUAUCGCCUGGACCCUGUCAGAAGCAAUGCUGCAGCCUACUUGCAGCAUCUUACCUUUAAGAAUGAUAAGGUGAAGUCAGAAGUAAGGCGACUGAAGGGGAUCCCUGCCCUGGUGUCCAUGCUUGAUAACCCAAAGAAGGAGGUGCAUUACGCAGCAUGCGGAGCUCUCAAGAACAUCUCAUACGGACGAGAUCCAGAUAACAAGAUAGCCAUCAAGAACUGUGAUGGAAUUCCCGCACUGGUGCGCCUACUGAGGAAGACGAGAGAUCAGGACCUCACAGACACUAUAACAGGCACACUGUGGAACCUGUCGUCUCAUGACUCCGUUAAGAUGGAGAUAGUGGACCACGCGCUGCACGCUUUGUCCGAUGAGGUGAUGGUUCCACACUCGGGCUGGGAGAGGGGGAACAAAGGGGGAGAGGAGAGCUGCAAACCUAGACACUUGGAGUGGGAGACGGCACUCACCAACACUACUGGGUGUUUAAGGAAUGUGAGUUCGGAACGGAGUGAGGCCAGGAGGAAGCUGAGGGAGUGCUCCGGACUGGUCGACUCUCUUAUGUACAUUGUCCAGUCACAGAUCAACUGUAAAGAUGUGGACAACAAGCUGAUAGAGAACAGCGUGUGUCUGCUGAGGAAUCUGUCCUAUCAAGUGCAUCGGGAGAUACCAGGUUGCGAGCGCUACCAGGAGACGAUGCCAAUCAACCAAGGCCCCGCCCCUUCUUCCCAAAAGGGUGGUUGCUUCAGCUCCCGAAAGGGCAAAGACGAGUGGUUUUCUAAAGGGAAGAAAGAGGAUGAUGGGACUUCAGAUACGAUUGACAUUCCAAAGAGAAGCACACCAGCCAAAGGUUAUGAAUUGCUGUUCCAGCCAGAGGUGGUGCGUGUGUAUACUUCCCUCCUGAAAGAGAGCAAGAACCCAUCGGUUCUAGAAGCUGCUGCAGGAGCUGUGCAGAAUCUGUGUGCGGGCCGCUGGACGUAUGGGCGGUACAUUAGAGCAAUGAUGCGACAGGAGCAUGGUCUGCCAAUGAUGACGGAGCUAUUAUCUCAUGGGAACGACCGUGUGGUCAGAGCCAUGUCUGGAGCACUGAGAAACCUGGCCAUUGACGCUCGCAACCGUGACCUGUUAGGAAAACAUGCAGUGCCUAACCUGGUGGCUAACCUGCCGGGCGGUGGUCAGAGUCAGCCUGUGCGUGCGCUUUCAGAGGAGACAGUGGUGUCUGUUCUCAGCACCAUGGCAGAGGUGAUCGGGUCCAGCGUAGAGGCGGCCAAAACCCUGCGCAGCUCCCAGGGCAUCGAGAGAUUGGUGCUCAUUAACAAAGACAGCAACCGUUCAGAUCGAGAGGUCCGUGGCGCUGGGCUGGUCCUGCAGAUCGUGUGGGGCUUCAAAGAGCUCCGCCGCACACUGGAGAAAGAUGGCUGGAAGAAAACAGACUUCAUGGUCAACCUCACCCCCCCUAACAACACCCGCACCAAUGGAGGAUACGAGGACAGCACCUUGCCGCUAAUAGACAGAGGUGGCAAACAGGACAGGGACCGAGAUAUGAUUCCUCUUAAUGAUAUGGGACCAGACGCUUACUCUACGCUUGACCAGAGAGGACGGAGAAACACUUUAGAUGACACUCUGGAUCGCUCUGACAGAGAUGCAUCUCAGAAAAACUGAUUGUGUACAUCACCCGCCGUGAGUUUCCUCCUCCUGCCUACUGUCCCUGCUGAGCCUGUGAUCUCAUCACUUAUGGGACCAUAGCCACUAAUUGCAGCAACCCCUUUCAUAGUUCAGCAUUCUCUUAUUGUCACUCUCUCUAACUCACACCGAGAUCAAUGUGAUUAGAACAGUCACUACUUACAAUGGACACUAUAGAAUGAAUCUAUUCCUUUUCGAUUUUGGUCCAUACCACUUUUUUUUGUGUGAAAAUAAUGGACUAAGGUAAACACUAGGGACUUGAAGAUCUAUUGGGUCAGCCACAUGCCAAGCUUAUCAAGUUUUAUAAUCCAUUUUUGUUUUCGGGUAUUGCUUAUGCAUCUAUUAGAACACUAGUAUAGACUGCCAUUGGUAUUUUGAUUGUUUUGCUACAUUUUGCUUUGGUUCACAGUGAUGAAAGUAAUGCCAAAUUGCAUCACUGUCAUAUGUGACCUGCGGAAAAUAAUGUAUAUAGAAUAUCUCAGUAAGUUUUAUGUCUUGUUGAUGCAUUGAGGCCUAUUUUUGUCAUUGUUUUCUAAAAGCACUAGAUGACCAUUUAGCCCAACACUACUCCCCCUAGGUUUUUCAUCUGUGGUUUUUGAACGAUCUUACCUUGAUUAAGCAUUACAAUAGAGGCAUUGGGAUAUAUAUUUUUUAAGCUAGUAGCAUUCAAUAAGUAUCUCUAGUGGUAGCUGAGGACAGUUGGGUUCUUGAAUACUCAAAUUCUUAAGUAGUAGACCUGGUGGCAAAUUUGCAAAGCAUUCCAGAGUGAGAGAGUUGUUUUUGGAUAUUUCCCACCGUUGGUUUGGUCUUUGGUGCAUACAGAGUGGAAAACCCCCCCAAUUUUAUUUUUUUUAUAAACUUGAUAAAAUGGCCACAGCAGAGCUGAUUUAAGAAGAGCCUUAAAAUCAGAAACAAAUUUUAGCCCAGAUCUUAGACCAGUGCUCCCAUUUUUUAAUACUUUGUGGGCUGAGGCCAUACUGGUGGACCCAGUGUGUGCUAUUUUGUUUUCAUCUGAAUAUAAUGUGUAAAUAUGACCGCAUCUCACAAAUCCACUCCGUGUACUUGGAGUGCCUCACUUGCUGAAUGGUUAAAUGUGUUGUGGGUGAGUGGGAGUGUGUUUGUGAUGAGCGGCGUCCAGGAGAGUGCACAGGGACGUUCGGCCACCCUUCUGCCUCUUGGUUCCAGUGCCUGUGUGUUUAGAGAGCGAACAGGUGUACAUUUGAGAUGUAUAUGCAUUGGGUUCUCCUGAGAUCCAGAAGUACAGUGCUUGUUCCGUAGACUGCAUAUUUCAAAUGCACAGUAAGUCUGUUGUAGAUAUUUACUGAAUGGAAACUCUGGAGUCGAUGGAUUUUGUUUUUUAAGAACAUAUUUUUUCCCCCAGUGCAUUUUUAAUCCCGCCUUCUGCCUUGUCCAAUCCUUAGAGACACUACAGACAGUAAAUGGAAGAUUGGCUGUUGACUAAAUACAUAUGAGCCACAAGUCCUGAUUGCCCUUAAGUUUAAGGAAUCAAUCGAUCUUACAGUGUUGAGGAAGGCAGAUGACAGUCUUUUAAUUAUAAAAAAAUAGCAUCUCUUUCAGGCAGGAUUUAGCCAGAGCUCAGACUUUGAUUCUAGCUUGAUGAGAAAAUAAGAUAAAGUAAAAGCACAUUGAACUAUAUAUACCAGAGAAUAUUUGUUAAUUUUAAUUAUUAUUAUUUUUCCUCUUGGUUUUGUCCUUUUUGCUCUUCCUUUUUCUAUAUUUUAUGAUUAGGACUGAUUUUUUUUCUUUUAUUUUCUUUUUCUUUUUUUUCUGGGGUUGUGGGUGAAUGCAUAUGCAAUCAGUUUUGUUUUUCAAAUAAAUGCAUUUACGGUUUAUAUCUUUUAAUUAAAGACUAAAAGGAAAAAAAAUCUUUGUGUCGUGCUGUCAGUUGACAUGAUGUUUCUCUGCAACACUAACAAAUGAAUCUUGAUUCAUAAUUCCUAUAUUUCAACACAUUACCUUUGGUCUUAAACAUUGCACCUUUCCCUCAUGGAUUGAACAUGUAACUUAGCAAUACUGGUUUUUUUUUUAAUAAAAUAAUGAUUUUUGUUUA